CGAUUACGGAGUCUACAGUAGGUUGUGGGGACGAAAAUAAUGUGUUUCCUUUGUCAAUAAGGUGUGUUUACGAAAUUGACGCUGCUGGAUUUAUGAUUGGCUGUAGAUCAGGAAACCAUUUACAAGGAUGUGAGGACUUCGAGUGUCCCGUGACCACUGUUAAAUGUCCACGGAGCUUCUGCCUUCCCGUUAGAUUUAUUUGUGACGGUGUUAUACAUUGUCCUGAUGCUGAUGAUGAGAAGGAUUGUGGUUGCAAAAAAAGUGAGCGGGAAGUGAUAAUUCUUUCAGAGAGAACACUAAAUGACAAUAGAGUUCAUCAAGUGAAAACUUUAGCCAGGCAGUUUCACUCGCAUGGUAGCAUUAUAAGACAUUUACAGUAUAAAUCACGAACAAACGAUGCUAAACUAGGUUUCCCUCACAGAUUUCUUGAUAUAUCAGACGAAGUGGUUAAGAGUCAUGAAACUGUUAUGAGACAGUUUGUGUGUAACUAUUCAAUUUUAGCAUCCGAUUUUGUUAAUUCUAUACAUUUAACUAAGAAUGGGUCAAAGGGCGUAAUAUUUGUUCAAGAUAGUAAAGAAUCGGACAUUAUCGCAAACAUGAUGUUCGGAAGAAUUAAAUCAAAACCAGAUUUCCAUCUAUUCAGAGUCUUUCGAGGAACAAGUGGUAUACCGAGAAAGCACUUGUUUAAUUUUGUUAAUGAUGUUGCCAUUAAACGUUGGAAUAUAUUGUCCAGUAUCGGCACUACGUUCUUUCCACAAAUUUGCGAAGCUUCCUCAAAUGUGCUUUGUCCCGGACAAUAUAAAUGUGCAGCAAGCAAACAGUGUAUAUUACUGGAACAGGUUUGUGACGGGCAUAAACAUUGUAUACAAGGUGAUGAUGAAAGGCUUUGUCAAUACACAUGUCCGGCCAAGUGCACAUGUAGUGAAUUUAAAACCAACUGCAGCGGAAUGAGUUUAGAUGUAGCCGAUGUUGUGACCAUUGACAUAAAUUCUAGACUGUUGGACUUAAACCGGAAUCCAAAUCUACACGACGUGUUUUUACAUUCGUCAUUUGAUUUCCCUUAUCUCGUUCACAUGUACAUGUCAAGCUGUAACAUUCAUACAAUGAAAAGCUAUGGUUUCCAGUCUUUACCUAACUUAAGAGUUUUGGAUCUUAGUCACAACAAAAUUUCAGCUUUACCGGGAUUCGGGUUUUUAGGUUUACAAAAACUAACUAGUCUGAAUUUAAUAGGAAAUGAAGAAAUUUACAGAAUUGAGCCCUUUGCGCUGCAAGGACUACAAAGUUUAAAAACCUUUGAGCUAGUCGGGGCAAACAUUCAAUUGAUAUCAUCAAAUGCAUUUUCAGGAUUAUCACUUAAUGUAUUGAAUUUAACUGCUAACAAAAUAAAAGAAAUUGGGGACAAUAUUUUCAAUGAUUUGUAUGCAGAAAAAAUAUAUCUUACUCACACUAUUGUAGAAAACUUUAAUGAAGGUCUCUUUAGAGGUGUGAUUGGUUUAACCACUCUUAUGACACCGUCAUACAAAUAUUGUUGUAUACGUCCAAACUACCUGAUAGAAGAUAACUGUUUUCCUAAGGUGGACGAGUUUUCGUCAUGUGAGGAUCUGUUACGUCUAUCUGCACUGCAAACAAUGUUGUGGCUGAUUGGGGUAUGUGCUUUGUUUGGAAACCUGUUAUCCGUGAUGUAUCGACUGGUGUACCAUAGAAAUAAAUUGAAGCUUAAUUAUGAAAUAUUUGUAACCAAUCUGGCUGUGGCAGAUGCCAUCAUGGGGAUAUACUUACUUAUAAUAGCUAUAGCUGACGCAACGUUUAGAAAAAGAUACAUUUUUAUGGAUGACUAUUGGCGUAAUAGCGUUUGGUGUACCUUUGCUGGAUUCCUAGCAACAGUUUCUUCUGAGGCCAGCGUAUUUUUUCUUUGCCUUAUCACUUUAGACAGAUUUCUCGUUAUUAAAUACCCAUUCGGCCAGUUUCGUCUUAAUUCGAAACAUGUCUUAUUGAUGUCAACUAUUUCCUGGGCAAUAUCAAUUAUUAUUGCACUUAUUCCGAUCAUCUUCGAUAACUUCUUUUAUGGGCAAUUUUAUUCUAAAUCUGGUGUUUGCAUCGCACUUCCGUUAACGAGGGAUCGACCGCCUGGUUGGUCAUAUUCUGUACUUAUUUUUCUUGGACUAAACUUUUUCACCUUCUGUCUUAUUGCCUGGGGCCAAGGCUCAAUCUAUCUGGAAAUUAGGAAAGUUUCGUCCGAGAUUAAAUCCGUUACAUCCAAAACCAUGAAAUUUUCCCAAAAAAGAGAUAUGACAGUUGCUAGGAAUCUGCUUUUAGUUGUUGCAUCCGACUUCUUGUGCUGGUUUCCAAUCGGUUGUGUAGAAUACAUGUUGGAUUCUAUUUCCCUUACAGGUUUCAUGGCAAUGUCCGGGUAUGAGAUAUCUAGCGACGUUUAUGCUUGGAUUAUUGUCUUCGUCUUACCUUUAAAUUCCGCGUUGAAUCCGGUACUUUACACGUUGUCCGUAUCCAAAUCAAGCAGGAGGCGCACUACUACACAACCAUCGACAGCCAAGAGUACUUUGAAAACGAAAAGUACAAAACAAACUGGAGCUUUGCCGGAUUUAUUCCGCUACUUCUUGGUAAAAGAUAGACAAGAUCAGGGUUUUAUCAGCCUUAAUGAGGUUAUGUGUAAGAAGAAGAAGUUACAUACAGUCUCCAUGUUAAAGAUUUCUUUGAAACUUGCCCAUUGCCUUCAUCUUCUCCACAGGGCAGACCUGUCACUCGACCUUCUUGACAAGGAGGGGCUGUUUGUAGGCAUGAGACAAAAUAAGAUUACAGGGGAUAUACAAAUAAGAAGAAAGCCUACAAAAUGUAAAAGCAACAAUUGGGAUGAUAUUGAAAAGUUAGGAAAUAUCAUUCUUGGCCUCUUGGUUCUGGUAUCGGAGAGCAAACAGCCACAGAUUUAAACCAAACUCUAUGUUGUUGUAUGGUCACGUCUUGUUUUAAUUUUCUUAAAUUAUGUUCGUUAUUUCUUAAAAUUGCUUACUUAUGUUAAAGCAGAUUUUGUUUAUUUUUUUAAUGUAAUGUUGUCAUGUAUAAUGGUUAAUAUAAAUUAUUCGAAUAUUUGUGUGUGAUUUUUGAACCUCGUACAAUUAUGUAUCAUGUAAGUUUCAAAUUCUUUCUUAAAAGCAGGGAAUAGAUAUUCUGGUAGAUGUUUCAAUAUCAUUUUGACUAUUUCAUUUUGGGAAAAUCGUAUAAAUUGCCUUUUUAGUAAGGAGAGGACAUUUGGAAAAGAUUAAUACGCAAUUUUUAGUUUUAUCGGUAUUUUGACACUUGCAUUUGAUUAUUCUUUAUUACAGUUAGAGAUAUUUUGGUGUUUCAUUUUGAUGCAAACGUGCCAUAGUUCAUGUGUUGAGUUUUACAUACAUACAUACAUACAAGAUGUUAGAAUUGUCAGAUUUGUCGUAACUGUAUAUUCAGUGAAAUCUUUUUCUGUAUGAAACAUUGUAUUGAUAAUACGCAUACAUACAUA